CUUUUGUUGACUUGAAUUGCAGAGAGAGAAAGGGUGGGUUUUGAUGAAAGUGCUUGGAUUCGGGAGGCAACUAGAUGUUGAACAGAAACUGGAAAUGAGAAUUAAAGAACUGAAAAGGAAAAUGCCAAUGAUGAAGCAUUUAGGAGAUGAAGAUGAUGCUGCUGUUCAGGAGAAAAUCACGGAGAUGAACAAUGAACUUGAAAUAAAUAUGGAAGAAAUGGAGAACAUGGAGAAUUUGAAUCAAACACUUUUGGUUAAGGAACGCCAGAGUAAUGAUGAAGAUGAACUGAAAGAAGUUCGCAAAGAGUUGAUUAAAGGGUACUUGAAGGGUAUGCUAAGUGGGCGAACAAAUAUUGGUGUGAAAAGGAUGGGAGAAAUUGAUAUGAAGGCGUUCCAUGAUGCCUGCAAAGAGAGGUUUGGUGAUGAAGAAGCUCAGAUAAAGGCCUCUGAGUUAUGCUCUCUGUGGCAGGAGAAGCUAAAAAAUCCAGAGUGGCAUCCCAUGAAAGUUGUUGCAGUAGAUGGUGAUAAUCUCAAGGAAGUGAUAAAUGAAGAGGAUGAGUUGCUGAAGAAUCUCAAGGCAGAAUGGGGGGAUGGGGUAUUUGAUGCGGUGGUUGGGGCGUUCAAGGAGAUGAAUGAGUAUAAUCCAAGUGGGAGAUAUGUUGUGAAUGAGCUUUGGAACUUUAAAGACAAUAGGAAAGCUACAUUGAAGGAGGUUAUCAACUACAUUUUGAAGAAUAUGAAGAGCCUUAAACGCAAAGAGAAGUUUGAGAAUGAAGAGGCUCAGAUAAAGGCCUCUGAACCACGUUCUUUGUGUCAGAAUAAGGUUAAAAAUCACCCAGAAUGGCAUAUUGUUGAAGUAGAUGGUGAUGAUGAGAAAGUGAAGACUUUGAAGGCAGAAAGGGGAAAUGGGAUAUUUGAUGAAGUGGUUGCAGCGUUGAAGGAGAUGAAGGAGUAUAACCCAAGUGGGAGAUAUGUUGUUAACAAAAUUUGGAACUUGAAAGACAAUCAUAAAGCUGCUAUGUUGAAGGAGAAGAGGAUUUUCCUGUUGAAGAUGGUUGUUUUUGGAGCAAUUCUCAUUGCUGUGGUUAUAGUGUUGUUGACCAAAUUCCCUUUGUUGUUGACCUUUCCACAGGUGUUGUUGUAGGUCAUGUAGGUGUAGGGGUUGCUGGUUUGAUCUUUUGUUUGUAGUCCUGGUUUGAUGUUUUGGUAAGUCUGUUGUGUUUUGAACAGUGAACUCUCCUCCUAUGAAUUGGUAGUAGUUAUGGACUUAUGGUAUUGUAAUGGGUUUGUAUUGAUACUGCUAGUUAUGUUAUGG